CGGAAAUACUGGGAGGCGUCCUUCCGUCUGAUCGCAGCGGCUUCAGUCUUACACGAUGAACUCACAGAUCACAGACGAUGACAGUGACGAGGACGACGACGAAGGCCGCUUCUUUAUGGGGAUCUCCAAGAAUCAGUUCAACAAUCCACCAAAAAUGUUCUAUUUCUGAAUCUUCAUCCAGCAACUAGAUCACAUCUGCGAGUACAUUGUUAUAGAAGGGGAAAGUUUUUGGGAAAGCGAGACUAUAUUGUUUUGGAGUGUAGCUGAAGUUCCUUUGUAAUUGUCUCAAAAGCAAUUGUUGACUUGCAUGGAUGAAUCGCACAGACUCGAUCAAAGUGGUAAUUCACGUUCAGAUUUUUCUGAUCACAGGCGUGGCUAUGUUCUUGUAAUUGGGGCUACCAAUAGGCCUGAUGCUGUUGACUCGGCACUAAGGAGACCUGGACUGUUUGAUCUUGAAAUUGUUUUAGGUGUUCUUGAUGGGAGUACGAGGGUUGAGAUUCUUUUGGCAAGCACUACCCUUGGAAUAUGGCAGAAACUGAUAACUCGAUCGAUGCUCGCAUCUACGGCUUCAUGGUUGAUGAACAAAAGACGAGGUUUCGGUGCAACUACUGUGCAAAGGAAGUGAGUAGCUUCAACCAUCUCCAGAGCCAUUUAGGAGGAGUGAGAGAAGACUUAAAACCUUGCAUGCAAGUUCCUGAAAACAUCAGGAAACUGAGAGAAGUGAUUCACUUGUUCCUGCUUCUGGUAGUGCAAGCAAAAGAAAUGAAGCGACAUCGUGGUCGCAAACGGAAGCUAGUAGAUGCAUUGGAAGAUUCAUUUACGAAACUGGAGUCGACUUUGAUGUUGUUAAUUCUCCUAGCUAGGAGAAUUAUCAAUGCUACAUUCAAAGAGGGUCAGGUGGAGUAUGACAUGCCAAAUCUCCAAGAACUGAGAGGUUCAAUGCUUGAUGAUGAGUUUGAAGAUAUGAAGGAUCACUUCAACAACAUAAAGGAUCUUGGGCAGGAUGUAACAUACUUGUCGAUGAUUGGGUCAAUGAGAAGUGUCAACACCUUGUUAAUUUUCUGGUGGAUUCUUGGGAGGGCACUGAUAUUUGGUCCUUGGUUGGCAAUACUGUUGCCCUGAACUUAUCGCUGGAUCUAGUGAUUGUGGCAGUUGGAGUAGGCAACGUAGUACAAGUCAUUGCUAAUUGGGCGACUUUUCGGACCAAGAGAUUCAACCUGGAUUAUAAUAGGAAGCACACAUCUGUGUUUUGGGCCUCACACUGCAUUGACCUCAUGUUGGAAAGGAUUUUGAUGACAAUAAGGCUACAUGUUCAUGGGACUGUCAAGAAUCAGAUCAGCAAUUCACCAAAAGUUUAUUUGUGGAUAUUUAUUGAUGUCACACAACCAGUAGUUCGAGAUUUAUUGUAAUUCUUGGAUUGAAAAUAUACUUGACCAUAGAUUACUUUGCAUGGAGACUUUGCUCUGACAUCCUUCCUAUCAGGUAGGCGUGUUCACGGUCGGUUUCAAUUUUUUUUUUUUACAUGAAUAUAAUGGACGAAACAGUAGGGUUUUUUCGA